UGAAUUACGAGCGCACCCCCAUGAAGGAUCCAGGCAUGGCUGUGUUUAAGCAGCAGAAGGUAGAAGACAUCUAUGAAAUUGGAGAAGAGCUGGGAAGCGGCCAGUUUGCGAUCGUGAAGAAAUGCCGGGAGAAGAGCACGGGGGCAGAGUACGCCGCCAAGUUCAUCAAGAAGCGCCAGAGCCGAGCCAGCCGCCGCGGGGUGAGGCGCGAGGAGAUCGAGCGGGAGGUCAAGAUCCUCAAGCGGAUCCUCCACACCAACAUCAUCGAACUGCACGACGUCUACGAGAACAAGACGGACGUGGUCCUCAUCCUCGAGCUGGUAUCUGGAGGAGAACUCUUUGAUUUCCUGGCCCAGAAGGAGUCUUUGAGUGAGGAGGAAGCCACACAGUUUAUCAAGCAGAUUCUGGAUGGGGUCAAUUACCUGCACACCAAGAAAAUUGCCCACUUUGACUUAAAGCCCGAGAACAUCAUGCUACUGGACAAGACUAUCCCUAUCGCACACAUAAAACUGAUCGACUUCGGUCUGGCCCACGAAAUUGAAGAUGGAGUUGAAUUCAAAAACAUUUUUGGAACCCCAGAAUUUGUUGCACCAGAAAUCGUGAACUAUGAACCUCUCGGUCUGCCGGCAGACAUGUGGAGCAUAGGCGUUAUCACGUACAUCCUGCUAAGUGGGGCGUCGCCGUUCCUUGGCGAGACCAAACAGGAGACGCUGGCCAACAUCACUGCCGUGAGCUACGACUUCGACGAGGAGUUCUUCAGCCACACCAGCGACCUCGCCAAAGAUUUUAUUCGGAAGCUUCUGGUGAAAGAUACGCGGAAGCGUCUUGCAAUCCAAGAAGCGCUUGCGCACCCCUGGAUAACGACUCACCAGUCCAAAGAAGGCAAAGCCCAUUUCGGCAAGCGGGCCCCAACCCGGCCCCUGAAGACCAAGCGGCUGAAGGAAUACACCCUCAAGUGCCACUCCAGCAUGCCACCAAACAACACGUACGUCAACUUCGAGCGCUUUGCCCACGUGGUGGACGACCUCUCAGGGAUGGAGCGGAGCUUCGGCGCCGUGGCCGCCGCCCACGACUCCUUGCAGGAGGACCUGGACGCCCUGGUCUCCAUCUACAACGAGAAAGAGGCCUGGUACAAAGAGGAGCACGAGAACGUGAGGCACGAGCUCUCCCAGCUGAAGUAUGAGUACCGGAAGGUCGAAUCCCUCAAGAAGCACCUGCAGGAAGACAUCCGGGCCGUCGGGGCCAACCUGGCUGGCGUUACGGGGAAGUACCUGGAACUGCAGUCCCGUUUCGAAGUCCUCAGCAGGGAGGUCUCUGAAGAACUCAAGUGGCUUCAGGACUGGACCAGCGCCUUGCAGCUAGAGCCGGGGAUGGGCAGCCGGGGGGGCUUCGCCUCGGCCUGCGACAAAGACCUCAGCGAGUCUCUGAUGGAGCUGCUGAAUAGAUCCUGCUGCGAGGACUUCCUGGCUGCCUUGAACCUGGGGGUGGCGAAAGGAAGCCAGUGAGGUGGCCCAGGCUGGAUUCUUA